AUGGUGAUUCUUACCUUUCUUGUAUGCACUAUAAAUGCAAGCGUGAAGGAAGAGCAUCAAGUGAGGUACUUGAACUCCAAUGACAAGUUUAACCACUAUGCUGGCUACUUAAACGUGUCAGAGACUCGAAAACUGUCGUAUUGGUAAGGUUGCAGCCUUAUUUCAACGAUCUACUGCGCUUGCAGGUUGUUCGAGUCACAGAAUGCUCCGAAAACUGAUCCGUUAAUUCUGUGGUAGGUUAUUGUAAAGCAGCAAUAAAAUUUUGACCACGUUUCCAUGAAAUAUCAGUGGAAUCUCUGAUUAAAUUUUUAGGCUGCACGGAGGCCCUGGAUGCUCUUCAUUUUACGGCGCCGUAAUCGAAAAUGGCCCAUUGUUGCUUCCGCAGGGAGACGGAAAAGAUCUUGUGUUCAAAGAGAACCCCCAUGCCUAUAAUACGGUAAGAGAUAAAGAUGAUCUUCUUACUUUGUUACAGUCGAAUGGGGCUUUCCCAUUUUGGCGCUUUGGAGGUUUUCUUGAAGCCAUUCUCAUUUUAGUUUGCAAAUGUUUUGUACCUCGAAGGCCCGGCGUAUACCGGAUUCUCUAUCAACAAAGAAGACAAUUACACUCAUAGUGACGACAAAGUGGGUUAAUAUAGAAUGGAAAAUGUACACGUAGUAACCUCUAUUUUCAGACAGCUGACGACAAUUUUGAGUUUCUGAAGCGAUUCCUUGUUGAAUAUCCGGAAUACAAGUCUCGCGACUUUUACGUCGCCGGCAUCAGCUAUGCUGGUUGUUACGUCCCAUAUUUAGCAAACAAAAUUCUCGACGAGGAAGGUGCUUUGGAUCUAAGCUUAAAAGUAGGCCAAUAUUACUCCUUUUCCAUGCUUUUCCCAGGGAGUAAUUCUUGGCAAUGCGGUGACGAAGCGUGAAUGGUGGGACAAAUUUCAACUUCCAUCCUUGGUCUUUAACGGAAUUGAAAAUCCAACCAGUUUAGCCAAAUGGGAGAAAAAAUACUGCCCUAAGGGUUUUGACUAUUUCUGCGGGAAGGAAUUGAUGGGCAGCCCGAACACGUUUCUCGUCCGACCUCUGAAUGCGUACGAUUUAACGCAACCCUGCUAUAGUGGAGGUGCUUGUGAGGGCGAUUCAAUGGAUAGGUUUUUCAAUCAGCCAAAAGUCAAGGAGGCUCUGCACAUGGACGAUGUUGACUGGGUUUAUUGCGAUCGGACAUUGUAAGGUUUAAUGAGAGAACUUGCAAUUUUGAAAGGUUGGGAUGCAACAGAUGCAAUACGAAAUUAAUCAUAUCAUUUUUGUUUGCAGACAAAUGGAGUUCAACCAAAACUGUGAUGAUCCAGAGCCUUAUGUCCGCAGGAUUUUGGAUGACGGCAUAAAAGUGCUAUACUUCUAUGGAAGCACAGGUAAAUACUAUUCCCACUGCAUUUAGACCUUCAACUUCAAAAAAGUUGAUUCAGCCCAAAACGGAAUCGAACCCGCACGGCAUCGCCGCUCUUGAUUUCCAGACUGUUGCACUAGCCACUCAGCCACGCUGCUCUCUUCCGGUGGAAGAGACCGACCGCACAUAUAAAGCGCGGCCGCGCUUUAUAUUUUUUUGCUUUUUUGCAACGCCUGCGCCUUUUGCUGACAAAUUUAGGCAGUUUUUGAGCAUUUUCAACCCUUAAACCCAAAAAUGGGCAGCUCUUUUCUAUACAUAUAUUCUUGAUCAGCACAAUUUUUCGGAUUUUAUGAGAUGUGUCCCGUCGAAAAGUAAUAGCCCCCAUAAAAGUACUUUCCUUGUAAAACCAACUUCCAGAUGCGAUUUGCCCAACUUUCGAAGGAGAGUUCUUUACAAGGAAAAUUGGGGGAAUCAGAAGUAAAAUUAGAAUGAACGUGUGGUACGUGGAUGAGCAAGUUGCGGGGAUCAAAACUACCUACCCCAAUGGCCUGACCUAUACAACGAUUAUCGGAGCUGGUCAUGCGGCCGCGUUGGCCAAACCGAAGCAAGUGAAACGUGCCAUUACCAAGUUUAUCACAUGCAACGAUGAUUGCGAUUGGAGUAAUGAGUAAAACAACCAUUUUUAAUAAAAAACUAUUGGAUUAAAAGCUCGUAAGACUACAAAAUAAAGAACUAAUUUUACCUGAAGGCAAAUAAAAUAUGAAUCAUACACAAACAAAUGGUGGGACAAACUUGGCCAACCUUUGAAAUAUUAUAGUUGGGUUUUUCGAAAGCUACUAGAGUUCAAGGCGAUGAUUAUUUGCAUUUUUCUAAUAACUUUAGCUUGGGUUGCCAACGCUGAAAUUAAAGAUGCCCAUAGGGUCACCUGUUUGCCGGGUUGGAAUUUUAGGAUCAACUUUGAGCAUUACGCAGGCUACUUGAAUGUCUCCAAGACUAGGAAAUUGUCUUAUUGGUAAGAAAUUGAUAUGCAUGCUUCCAAAUAUAUUCCUUUUUUAUCUUUAAAUAUGAUCUACAGGCUCUUCGAAUCUCAAAACAAUCCAGCAAGAGAUCCGUUAAUUUUAUGGUAAGACCUAAAUUAAAAAAAAAUGAUUUUUUCGGAGCAGUUGUGCUUCAUUGAAGUUUUAACUUAUAUAUUUAAAAGUACCAAACUAGCUGAUUUUUAUUCUCCUAGGCUUCACGGCGGUCCAGGAUGCUCUUCCUUUUAUGGAGCUGUAAUGGAAAAUGGACCGUUUCUUCUUCCUGUUGGAGAUGGAGAGCGCCUUGAGUUUAGGAGAAAUGAUUACGCUUUUAAUAAGGUAUAUCCUCCUCAAUACAUGUGUAAAUAAUUAUGUAUUCUUCAGUUUGCCAAUGUUCUUUAUCUCGAAAGCCCGGCGGGCACUGGCUUUUCAAUCAACAAAGACUCAAGCUACAUUCAUGAUGAUGACAAGGUAAGCAGCCAGUAAAGAGCUCUUCAAAAAAGAAUCAAUUAUCUUUCAGACAGCCACUGACAAUCUUCAAUUCCUACAGCAAUUUCUGAUGGCUUACCCUGAAUACAACGGCCGAGAUUUUUACAUUGCUGGAAUCAGCUAUGCUGGAUGUUAUGUGCCGUAUCUCGCCAACAAAAUAGCAGAACCAUUUGGCCAAUUCAGCCUCAAGUUAAAGGCAGGUUACUGCCUCUAAUCUGACUCAUUUUUUCAGGGAAUUAUCCUCGGAAAUCCAGUGACAUCUCUCUCUUUAUGGGGUAAAUUUCAACUUCCAACGCUGGUCUUCAACGGUCUGCAAAGCCGCGAAGUCUUGACAGACUGGGAGAAGAAAUAUUGCUCUAAAGGGUUUGCCGAUUUUUGUGGAGAAGAGCUCGUCAACAGCCCUCAAAUUGCCAACAAAACGGGGUUGAAUUCAUAUGAUGUGAGCCGGAAAUGCUACAGUGGAAAGAUUUGCGAGGGCGACUCAAUGGUCAGAUAUUUUAAUCAAAAAGGUGUAAAGAAGGCAUUGCAUGUCGAGAACAAGGAAUGGAUUCAUUGUAAUCAGUAAGAAAUGAGGGUUAUAAAACAAAAAUUUCAUCAAAUUUUACAGAAAUCUGAACUACCAAUACUGUACUGAUACGGAGCAGCUUGUCCGACGGAUUUUACAAAGAAAUGUGAAAGCCUUGUACUACUACGGAACAACUGGUAAGUCUCAACGACUUUUCACUGACACAUAACUGAUGGUUUGACUGCCUCAAACAUGGCGUUAUAAUAAUUUCUUUGCAGAUCUCAUUUGCUCCUUCUUCGAAGGUGACUUCUUUACAAGGAAAAUCGGCAGAGUCGGCAGAACAAUGGACUGGAACGUUGAUGGAAACUACGCUGGGACAAAAACUUCUUAUAACAAUAAACUGACGUAUACAACGAUUUAUGGCGCUGGGCAUUCCGCUGCAUUGACCAGACCAAAACAAGUGAUGAAUGCGGUUUGGAAAUUUGUGAAUGAUGUUGAAGAUUGGAGUAGAUAA